GACACACUCCUUAAAACAAUGUUAACAUCCUUUUAUAGUUGUUGUUAAGAAAGUUUAGCCUGAGUUUCAUUUUCAUAAUAUUCAUUAAUUAAUUAAUUGUGUUUGAUGUUACACACUGACCAAUCAAUUAAGGAACAAUACAGUGGUUGACCUUCCAUAAUAACAACAACAAUUCUUCUUCUUCUUCAUUGUGCAGUUGAAAGAUGAUGAAAAUGGUGGUUUCUUCUAAUUGAUUCAAAAUCAGAAAAUUUUCAAAUGGCGUGUGAGGAAGUGGCAAAUUCAAGGCCUCUCUUCCUCACGAUCUACACUGUUGUCAUCGUUGGCAUCGUUGUUUCUACCUUAUAUGUCUUCUCUGCUAUACACUACUCUUCUUCUGCUGCUUUGUCCUCUUUUUCUCCUCUUUCAAAUGAGGAUUCUCGGCUUUCAGAUCAAACACUUAACAGUUCUCAGUCAGAAACUAUUCGCGUUGUGCCCUCUGCUUUCCCUGAGCCACAAAAUGUGCCAAAAAAACCUGUUUUGAAUCUUCCUCCUCGCAAUAAAAAGAUGCCACCUUUGAAGGAUUUCAGACUGACCAAAGAACUGGUUCAGCAAAGGGUGAAAGAUAACAUUAUAAUAGUUACCUUUGGUAACUAUGCAUUCAUGGACUUUAUUCUGACUUGGGUUAAACAAUUGAAUGAUCUGGGACUUUCCAAUUAUCUUGUAGGUGCAAUGGACACUAAAUUAUUAGAGGCACUUUAUUGGAAAGGAGUGCCAGUUUUUGACAUGAACAGCCAUAUGAGCACUGUAGAUGUUGGCUGGGGUUCUCCAACAUUUCAUAAGAUGGGGAGAGAAAAAGUUAUUUUGAUAAACUCCAUACUUCCUUUUGAUUACGAAUUGUUGAUGUGUGAUACUGACAUGGUUUGGCUGAAGAAUCCACUUCCAUAUCUUGCUCGAUAUCCCGGAGCAGAUGUUUUAACAUCCAGUGAUCAAGUUAUACCGACCGUUGUUGAUGAUAGUCUGGAGGUUUGGAAAGAAGUUGGUGCGGCCUACAACAUAGGAAUUUUCCAUUGGCGACCUACAGAGUCUGCGAAAAAAUUGGCAAAAGAAUGGAAGGAACUGCUUCUGGCUGAUGAUAAUAUAUGGGAUCAGAACGGGUUCAACGAUAUUGUCCACAGAGAGUUAGGACCGUCUGUCGACGAGGACAGUGGACUUGUUUAUGCUUAUGAUGGAACUCUAAAGCUCGGAAUUUUGCCUUCUAGUAUCUUCUGCAGUGGUCAUACAUAUUUUGUCCAGGGUAUGUAUCAGCAACUCAGGUUGGAGCCAUAUGCAGUGCACACAACAUUUCAAUAUGCAGGCACGGAAGGAAAGCGCCACCGACUACGAGAAGCCAUGCUUUUCCAUGACCCACCUGAAUACUAUAAUCCUCCUGGGGGUUUCUUGUCAUUUAAGCCAUCUAUUCCAAAAAGCUUGUUACUCAUUGGGAAGCAUACGAUUGGAUCACAUUUUAAGCUCAUUAAUUACCAAAUGAAACAGAUUAGGACGGCGCUUGCAAUUGCUUCCCUUCUGAACAGAACACUGGUCAUGCCUCCACUAUGGUGCAGGAUUGAUAGGCUAUGGUUUCCACAUCCUGGUGUUUUGGAGGGGUCUAUGACUAGACAACCUUUUCUCUGUCCUUUGGAUCAUGUAUUUGAGGUGAAUGUCAUGUUGAAAGAACUUCCGGAGGAAGAAUUUGGUCCUAGAAUCGAUAUUAGAGAGUACUCCAUACUUGAUAAUCCAUCACUACCCUCAGAGAUGAAAAAGUCGUGGCUCGAUGUUCACCUUUGUAAAGAAGGAACCCAAGAUUGUAAUGCAUCAAAUAAUGUAACUUCUGGGGGAGUACUUAGAUUUCCAAAGCAUAGCAAUGAAGAAACGUUCAUGAGAGUAUUCUCGUCGUUCAAGGAUGUAAAAGUCAUCCAGUUCUCAACGAUGCAAGGUGCAUUUACCGGUUUCACAAACAAGGAAAGCGAAGAUAGAUUCAGAAAACGAGUUAAACAUUACACGGGUAUAUGGUGCUGCGUGACAGAUCACACUCCGGGUCACAUAUAUUAUGAUAUGUACUGGGACGAGAAACCUGGAUGGAAGCCAAUCCCUCCUCAAACUUCUGCAGAUGAUCAUCCACCUUGGUGAUGUCAACUUCAGAAUUACAUUUGUCAUCAAAUCGCAAUGAUCAAUGGGGAUACAGUCAUAAACAGAAAAUAUUCAAAGGUGGUUCGUUUUCCAACUCAUUGUGAAUACCUCUCAUUUGAAGGCGCGUCGGUAACCGACACAUGUGGUUACAUUCAACCAUUCUAUUUUCUCAAAUUAUUACAGCUGUCAAUGUCGUGUCCGCCCUGGUGUCCAUAUUUGUAUAAGUGCUUCAAUGCUUUAUUCGGUCUUAAUUCAUGUUGAGGAUGCUAGUUACAUAUUUGAGAGAGAACACAAUGUGAUUGUAAGAGAAUGCUUUGCACCAAAGCUUCCAACUUUGCAAAUUAGAGAAAUGGAAGUCAACAAUAUCUCAGAUGAGGUUGCAGUUUUCGGAUGUUGUCUUACUUGAUAUUGAGUUUUGCUUGUAAUUAAAAUCACAUGAGAAAUCCAAAUGUAUCACUCUUCUCUUUUAUUUCAAACAGAGAAAUUCAUUUUAUUUUUCUCCUUUUGGUUA